CUUCACACAUUAGUGACAAUACACAAUAGGAAUAGAAGGGAAGGAGAAAAAGCAUCUUUCUCGCUUCUACACAGUGAAAUGGAGCGUCAUUGCUUCCGCUACGUCGUCGUAUUAUUUGCGAUUCUGAUCUCCGUUGAUAAUCUCCGCCACGCAGCCGGCGGCAGAGAGCUCCGGCCGUCGGACCACGGCCUGGCGUACCAGGAGUCCUCGAAGCCGGCCAAAAAGCAGGACGUGUUGGACAUGCUCUCGUUCUUCGGGAGAACGCCGCCGCCGCCGCUGGAGCUGCCGGAGGGGAAGAACGUGACGGGCGCGUGGUGGAGCGACACGGUAGAAGCGUCGCCGUCGCGUGACGGUGAGAGGAAGCAUCAUCUAAUGAAGGAGGUGCUGUUGGUGGCCAGCUUGGUGUGCGGCGUCACCGGCGCCGGUUUGCUCGCCGCUGCCGCGUUUCUCGUUGCUUCCCGUCGCCGGGAUCGGAGAAGAGAGACGUCGAUCUCGAUGUCGACGUUAGCACCUAACGUCGUCGUUCACAAAUAAACGGGAUCGGAGAGUUAUUCACAGUCCAUGUUUAGAGUACAGUGAAUAUAUAUAAUUUUAGUUUAUCCAAACAGUGCUUUAUUUUCGUUCAACUUCAAAUCAAUCUUUGGAUAUACUUCCUCUAGGCAUCUAGUAAAAAUUGUACGAAUUUAUGAGAUUAUAUUUUGGGGGAAUAACGCAUUGAUUAAAUUGUAUACUUUUUGUAUUAUUGUCAUUAAUAAAAAUAUAUAAUGUAUAAAUAAUGUAAA